AUGGGGUCUCCAAUCACCUCCCUCUUUCUCACUCUCCUCCUCUUCAUCGUCUCUCUUAGCUUGCCUUCUCAAACUCUAGCAAAUUACCCUUACUCAUCUCCUCCUCCUCCGCCUCCUAAGGAGUACCCACCACCCCCUUACUACUACAAGUCACCACCUCCUCCUCCUCCGGUCUACUCCCCACCACCACCCAAGGAGCCUUACAAGUAUAAGUCUCCACCACCUCCUCCACCAGUGCAUUAUCCUCCACCCCCUUACGAGUACAAGUCUCCUCCGCCACCCCCGCCAUCACCACCCAAGCAUCCCUAUAAGUACAAGUCUCCACCUCCACCUCCACCAUCACCACCCAAGCACCCUUACAAGUACAAGUCUCCACCACCCCCACCAUCACCACCCAAGCACCCCUACAAGUACAAGUCUCCUCCACCACCUCCACCAUCACCACCCAAGCACCCCUACAAGUAUAAGUCUCCACCACCCCACCAUCACCACCCAAGCAUCCUUACAAGUACAAGUCUCCACCACCACCACCACCAUCACCACCCAAGCACCCCUACAAGUACAAGUCUCCUCCACCUCCACCAUCACCACCCAAGCAUCCCUACAAGUACAAGUCUCCACCACCACCACCAUCACCACCCAAGCACCCCUACAAGUACAAGUCUCCUCCACCCCCACCAUCACCACCCAAGCACCCUUACAAGUACAAGUCUCCACCACCACCUCCACCAUCACCACCCAAGCACCCUUACAAGUACAAGUCUCCACCCCACCAUCACCACCCAAGCAUCCCUACAAGUACAAGUCUCCACCCCACCCCCACCCUCACCACCCAAGCACCCCUACAAGUACAAGUCUCCACCCCCACCCCCACCCUCACCACCCAAGCACCCUUACAAGUACAAGUCUCCCCCACCACCCACUCCAGUCUACAAAUAUAAGUCUCCUCCUCCUCCUCCAGCUUACUAUUACAAGUCUCCUCCUCCACCACCACCCCAUUAUGUCUACUCAUCACCACCUCCUCCUCACCACUACUAAGCAACGGCUUUGACCGCACCAAGGGGAACAAAAGAGUGUGAUCCAAUAAAGCGACAGAGAAAGAGAGCAGUGAGAGGUCGCCUAGUCUCCGCGUUUCAAGAGAAGAAAAAGAAAACAAGAAUGAUGUAGACAAGUAGUAGGGUCAAUAAAAAACAAGGGGUUCAUCGUUUUCACAUUUGUAUUAUUCAGUGGUUCUCGUAUUUCUUGCUGCUUUAGUAUACAAUGUUUCCUAGAUUUUAUGUGUUUUUCUUUUCCGACCUUUUUGCAAAUGCAGGGGUGAUGGGUUUGAUCUUUAAUAAAAUAAAGGUUUUUACUUA